AUGAUUUCUGCAUUUGGAUUUUUAUCCAUCUUACUAGCAUUGGGUAAUCCAGCAUUUUCCAAACUUAGCCCUAAAGAGUAUGAUCAGCACUCUAAAGACCAGUCGAAUGUACUUCGCUAUUUGGGCGGUACUGGUCCCUUUGUGGAAGCCACAGGUUAUGGCAUUCCAACUGAUGUACCAUUUGAGUGCAGUAUUGACCAGGCACAUUUAUUCAUGAGACAUGGUGAAAGAUACCCUACUAAGGGUACAGGUAAGAGCCUGGAAGAGCUGCUCACCAGGUUGCAAAAUGCAACUGUGGAUGCACAUAUCGGUCCUUUAGCGUUUGUCGAUGACUACGAUUUCUUUGUGCACAACACAAGCUGGUAUGAGCAUGAAACAUACACUGGAGCUUACGCAGGAUCUGCCAAUGCUUUCAAACUUGGAAGCCUUUUACGUUUGAGGUACAACCAUCUGGUAAAUACUUCUACCAUAACACCCGUAUUCACAGCUGGUCAAGAAAGGGUUUACAACACGGCCAAAGCGUUUGGACAAGGUUUCUUCUUUGGUGGUCAAGCUGGCGAGUACAAAAUGGUUGUUCUUCCGGAAACCGCUACACAAGGUGCAAACUCUUUAACCAACACCGAAGCCUGUGUCAAUUUCGAUGGUUUAUACUCCGAUAGCAUUCUUGAGAAUGUGACCCUCUCAUAUAAAGAGAUCGAGGCUGCUAGACUAAACAAGCUGUCUCCGGGCCUAAACAUAACAGCAGAUGAUGUUUACACUAUGGCCGGCUACUGCGGAUUUGAAUUAGAUGUUGCUGGUACCUCGAAGUUUUGUGAUGCGUUGUCUAUGGAGUCUUUGAUUGGCUUUGGAUACGACAAAGAUCUAUCAUAUUAUUAUUCUAAUGGACCUGGAUACAACAUGUCUUAUGUGUCGGGUGGUGUUUAUGCGAAUGCUACCGCGACAUUGCUAAAACAGGGCCCAGAAUCGGCAGGAACCCUUUUCUUUUCAUUUUCUCAUGACAACGACUUACUGAGAUAUGUGACUGCCUUGGGACUGUACGAUCAUGAAGAGGAAUUGUCUCUUGAUGAAAUCGAGUUCAGAAGAUCUUUCAAAUCGUCGGAAAUCGUUCCCAUGGGAGGAAGGCUGAUUACAGAAAGGUUAUCUUGCUAUAACACAACAAGUCAGAAAAAUGACGUCUAUGUCAGACUUAUCCUUAACGACCAGAUUGUUCCUGUUCCGGAUUGCAUUAGCGGGCCAAGUUAUUCUUGUCCUUUGGAAGAGUUCGUUGAUUUGAUUGAAGGUUCAGUUAUUGACUACCCAGCUGCGUGCAACUUGAACAGCAGCUACCCACAAGCCUUGACAUUCUACUGGGACUGGAAAACUAAUGAUUACCCAACAUUACCCGAUUCAACCUAG